GCCCCUGCCCGCAGUCUCCUGCCCCAGCCACAGCCCCAGCUCGGCGAGUGUCCGGAUCCGCCGCCCGCACGCCGCGCGCUGCAGCUGCCCCAGCCCAGCCGACGGUCGCCGGCGCCCUUGCCCUUGGAACGCGCCCCCAGCGCCCCGGGAUCGUUCCAGCGGCUCCGCGCGCCCCUCGCGCCCCGGGAACGUUCCGGCGGCCGCCGCUGCCUCCCCGGAGCGCCAGCCCGCGCGCCCCGCUCGCCGCUCCCCGGCACUCUCGGGGGGCCCGCCCGCCCUGCACCCUGGAGCACCGGGCCUCGAGCCUCUGCCAGCUCCUCUGGAUCCUCGCGGCCGUAGGUAGCGGCUGCCGUGCCUCUCCGCCCGAGGCAGGACCCUCACUGCUGCAUUUGCCCGGUAACUCUGGCUGUGCCGUCCAGCCCUUGGGUAAGACGGGCAUCCCGGGAACAUGGCAGAGGAAGACCUCAUCUUCCGCCUGGAAGGCGUGGAUGGCGGCCCGACCUCCCGGGCUGGUGAUUCAGAUGCAGACAGCGAUGGUGAGGACGGUUACUUCAUCUGCCCCAUCACUGAGGACCCGGGGGCACACCAGAAUGUUAAUUCCAAGGUUAAUAACUACUACAGCAACCUAGCCAAAAGCGAGAGCUACGGCUCCAGCGGGUCCCCGGCCAUCUCCUUCCAUUUCAAGGAAGCUUGGAAGCAUGCAAUCGAGAAGGCCAAGCACAUGCCUGACCCCUGGGCCGAGUUCCACCUGGAGGACAUUGCCACGGAAUGCGCCACGCGUCACAGGUACAACGCUGUCACCGGGGAGUGGCUGGAGGAUGAAAUUGUGAUCAAGAUGGCGUCUCAGCCCUUCGGCCGGGGAGCAAUGAGGGAGUGCUUCAGGACGAAGAAGCUCUCCAACUUCCUGCACACUCAGCAGUGGAAGGGGGCCUCCAACUACGUGGCAAAGCGCUACAUCGAGUCCGUGGACAGGGACGUGUACUUUGAGGACGUGCGUCUGCAGAUGGAAGCCAAGCUCUGGGGAGAGGAGUAUAAUCGGCACAAGCCCCCUAAGCAGGUGGACAUCAUGCAGAUGUGCGUCAUAGAGCUGAAGGAAAGGCUGGGCCGGCCCAUCUUCCACCUAGAGCACUACAUCGAGGGCAAGUACAUCAAGUACAACUCCAACUCAGGCUUCGUCCGCGAUGACAACAUGCGCCUGACACCGCAGGCCUUCAGCCACUUCACUUUUGAGCGUUCCGGCCACCAGCUGAUUGUGGUGGACGUCCAGGGUGUGGGUGACCUCUACACCGACCCACAGAUCCACACCGAGAGGGGCACUGACUUUGGAGAUGGCAACCUAGGUGUCCGUGGGAUGGCUCUCUUCUUCCACUCUCAUGCCUGCAACCAGAUUUGCAAGAGCAUGGGCCUCGCUCCUUUCGACCUCUCCCCAAGAGAGAGGGAUGCGGUGACUCAGAACACCAAGCUACUGCAAUCAGCCCAGACCAUCUUGAGGGGGACAGAGGAAAAGUGCGGGAGCCCCCGGGUGAGGACCCUCUCGGGGAGCCGGCCCCCCCUGCUCCUUCGCCUCUCAGAGAACUCUGGAGAUGAGAACAUGAGUGACAUAACCUUUGACUCUCUACCUUCCUCGCCAUCUUCUGCCACGCCGCACAGCCAGAAACUGGACCACCUUCAUUGGCCUGUGUUCAGCGACCUCGAUAACGUGGCACCCCGAGACCACGACCCUCUGGACAACCACCGGGACUCUGAGAACAGUGGAGACAGCGGAUACCCCAGUGAGAAGCGGGGUGAGCUGGACGACCCAGAGCCCCGAGAACAUGGCCACUCAAACAGUAACCGGAGGUACGAGUCGGACGAAGACAGCCUGGGCAGCUCCGGACAGGUCUGUGUGGAGAAGUGGAAUCUCCUCAACUCCUCUCGUCUCCACCUGCCGAGGCCUUCAGCCGUGGCCCUGGAAGUGCAGAGGCUCAACGCUCUGGACCUUGAGAAGAGAAUCGGGAAGUCCAUUUUGGGGAAGGUCCAUCUGGCCAUGGUGCGCUACCAUGAGGGCGGGCGCUUCUGCGAGAAGGACGAGGAGUGGGACCGGGAGUCGGCGAUCUUCCACCUGGAGCACGCGGCCGACCUGGGCGAGCUGGAGGCCAUCGUGGGCCUGGGACUCAUGUACUCGCAGCUGCCCCACCACAUCCUGGCGGACGUCUCUCUGAAGGAGACAGAAGAGAAUAAAACCAAAGGAUUUGAUUACUUACUGAAGGCAGCUGAAGCUGGCGACAGACAGUCCAUGAUCCUGGUGGCACGAGCCUUUGACACUGGCCAGAACCUCAGCCCAGACAGGUCCCAAAGCUGGCAAGAGGCUCUACUCUGGUACAACACUGCCCUGGAGACAACUGACUGUGAUGAAGGUGGGGAGUAUGAUGGGAUGCAAGAUGAGCCCCGGUAUCUGCUUCUGGCCAGGGAGGCAGAGAUGCUGUUCACAGGCGGCUGCGGGCUGGAGAAGAACCCGCAGAGAUCAGGCGACUUGUACACCAAGGCAGCCGAGGCAGCAAUGGAAGCCAUGAAGGGCCGGCUGGCCAACCAGUACUACGAGAAAGCCGAGGAGGCCUGGGCACAGAUGGAAGAAUAACUUGCUGGACAAAUCACUGCCAGCCAGUCCCAAGCUAAAGGGCUAGGAGUGGGGGAAAGAAAAAGACUUCUUUACUUAUUUAGCGUUGUUUUGGGGCCGGAGGAGGCAAAUAUUUUUAGCGUGUUGUAAAUCUACUUUUGUAUUUUAUUGUUGACUCUUGAAAAUGUCUUUGCUACCAGUGGAGACACUGCAGCUGUCCCCUAGGGCAGCAUUUUGGGGGAGGGGGAUUGAAAAAGCAGCCUAAUGAACCAACAUAUCUCUUUGAGGUUCUUCUUCUAUGUUUUGUUGUUGUUAUUGUUGUUUUUUGUCAUGAGAUGUAAGAAAAUGUAUCUUUUCUCCCCUGGAUGGAAAAUACUAAGGCUUUGCUCAUCAGCCUUUUCAGGCUGGGCUGAAAUCUCAGGCCCACAGAGCCUGUGUUUCCUGAGUCAGGAUGCGAUGGGGUACAGUAGAGCUGCACAUUAACUUUCCAUGGGGUGUGUAGUGUCAUGACUUAGUGCAAAGCCUUCUUUCUCAGAGCAUUUGGAAGUGUGCUGGCAUUUUUUGGUGGAUAUGAGACUGUACAUCACCCAGGCCCCCUUCUGUCAUGGGGGAGGACCCGCACACUCUUUUCUUUUUGGGGGGGAUCUUAGUUCCCCAACCAGGAAUUGAACCCGGGCCCUCAGCAGUGAAAGUGCCGUGUCCUAACCACAGGCCUGCCAGGGAAUUCCCAUGUUUUCUAAUCUUUUAGUUUAAUGUCCUUCCUGAAAUGCAGCUUAUUUUCUGGAAUACAGCCAAAUUCCAUUCUGAAGCAUGCUGUCUACAGUGGGCUUUACAAAACAGGUUUGAUUUCUAUAUGCACACUUUUACUACCUCUAACUCCUCCAUCAGCUACUGUGCACCUUUUUGGGCGCACCUCAGAGCUUUUACAUGUAAGGACAGUGGCUUGGAAAGUUGGAGCCUGUCCUCCAAGCGGACAUGCACCCUGCAUCUCAAUGGCAGCAUCCACAAUAUACUGAAGUACCCUUGGUACCGUAUUCCUCCGUAUUUUCUUAGCACCUGGUGUUCUUAUGAAGAAUCUGCUCCCCAACCCCUGUCCUUGGCAUUUUCUGCUUGAAGCUUGGUGAUUUUCUUGUUAUUUGCAGCAGGAUGCUUUCAGCAGCAGUCCCUUGAGAUUUGUCUAAGCUGUUGGAGAAUGAAAGGGCAAGAACUGUAAACACUCAUUAAUUCCAGUGGUUUCCCCAGGGCCAGGCUAUGGCUAUCUGUAUUUAAUGAGCAUUCUCUUUAGAAGGAAUUCAGAUUUAACACCAGUUUGAUUUUAGUUGGUGUUUCAAAUAGCAAAGAAAACAGACUGCUUUGAUCAACCCCAAGUGCUAAAGCAGCCUCUCUUCCUUUGUUUAAAAAUGAAAACAUAAAAAAAACAGAGUGUAACAUACAAACCAUUCUUUUUUUUUUUUUUGGCCGCACCACUCGGCUUGUGGGAACUUAGUUCCCCAACCAGGGAUUGAAUCCGGUUCCUCCUGCAGUGGAAGCUCAGGGUCCUAACCACUGGACCUCCAGGGAAUUUCCAUACAAACCAUUCUUACCUGUUCAUUGAGACAGGUCCUUUAGCAUGUUAGUGUUAAGUACUGUGAAGUCAUGACCCUGUGCAUGCAUUAGGUUCCAAAGUUCAGUGUGUGCCCUAAAGGAAAAAUCAAGCAGAGUCAAAAUUACCCUUGAAAAAUCCUUUAGAGCACCUAUAAAUGACAGUAUCCCUGUUUUUGUAUUUGGACUCAUCACAACCAGUUUCCUUUAGAAGUUGGAACUGAUCACCCUUUUUCUGUUUGCACAGAUCAAGUAGUUGGCUUGUCUUAAGUUGUUUGCGUGUUUUAAACCAGUGCAUGUAGUUAAUUUGCAUUUGUUAAAUGUAAGUUAGGAGCAACUUUAUUUUGACUUAUCUCUUCAAAGGUGUCAAGCCUCAUAAAAUUCAUGCUUUUGUUAGUUCAACCAGCCUCCUUGCUCUUUGAGAUUUUAUUAUGCAAAUCAUUUAUGUUCCCUGACUACCUGUCUCAUUUCUUAGUUAUAUGUCAGUGCUUUCCUCUAACACAGGGAUCGACAACUUUUUUGUAAAGGGCCAGAUAGUAAAUAUUUUAGGCUUUGUGGGUCAUAUGGUCUCUGUUGCAACUACUUAGCCCUGCUGUUGUAGUGCAGAAACAUCGGUGACCGAUACCUAAACGAAUGAGCAUGGCUGGCGUUCCAAUAAAACUUUAUUGACAAAACAGCCUGCCUGGGCUAGAGUUUGCCAACCCCUGCUCUAAUCCUGACUUAAGAGCAACUAUAUUAAACCCUGAGGGCAAGAGUCAUCUCAAUUUUUAUUUUGGUCUCCAGUGCUUAAAAACAGUGCCUUAGCACAGAGUAGACACUCAGUAAAUUCAUGAACAAUGGAGAUCCAGCCCUAGUCACAGCACUCACUCUUUGUGGCUCUGGUUCCUCCAACCAGUUAAUGAUUCCUUGUCUGGAUUGGCUUGAACAGUCACCCCUGUAAUUCCACCCGCUCACAUGGCCUUAAUGUCAGGGCAGUCCCCUUCUCCUGCAGGAGGCUGGGAUAGCUAGGCAAAUGCUUCUUUAAGGACCAUUGAGAGCAAAAUGAUCUGCAAAAUACUGAGAUCCUUCUGAGCCAGCAGAACUUAUUCCACUUUCAAAAGCUAGUUCUGUGCCUUCUAAAGCUGGUUAGGGCAUCUUUUUCCACAAAUGCUAGACAUGCCAAAAAAAAAAAAAAAAAGCAAAAAGCAAAAAAACCCCAGGACAUUCCAGCCCAACUGGGGAGACAUCAGAAACUUUUCAGGUGCAAGAAACAGGGGAAGGUCCAGGAGAUUAGCAGAGUUGGAGAUGUAAUUUGCAUCUUCAAUCACAGAUGGAGAAUCCAAGGUCCUGAAAGGUAGACUCUUUCCAAGUACCCUGCUGGUUAGAGGCUAAGCUGGAGCUAGGAUUUGAGAGCUGCUUUUAUUUAGAGGAUCCUGGGAAUAAAAUUUAAAGUUAAACUGGAGUGUAAUGUCUCUUUCAGUUUUGCUGCAGGUUGAGAAAGAAAAAAAGCAGGCUUUAUGGAUGUAAGUAGGAAAAAAUCCCUAACCCCUGUGCACCUGGAUAUCCUUAUCCCCUCCUCCUCACCUGAGGCCCUGUGGGAAUUUAUCAUCAAAUGCAACCUUGAUGAACCAAGCCAGGUAAAUUAGUGUUGUUGCUGUUUUAGUGACUUCAUUUCCUUUCGUCCCAGCACAUUUGUCUGCAGUACUAGACAUGUUUUAGAAAUCAACAAAUGUUUACACAAGUAUAUGCAGCUUGUGUGGGGGAAAGGAGAUAAAAUAUGCAUAUUCUCUGCAUUUGUGCCUGUUACUCACUUUUCUAAUCUCUGCGGUACCCCUUUAACCUAGACAAGGUGGACACUGGGUAGACCCAGAGAAGUGGCUUGCAUUAUAGAUUUAUUUUUGAAUAUAUAUUAAGUUCCAUUUUGCCUUUCUUUCUUGGUUUCUUUCUUUCUGGUCUCAAAUUCAAAUGUCUCCUGGUAACACAUGAGUGAAGUAGCUGGGUGGAGGUGGGGUGAAUUGGAGGGCUCAGCCCCACCUGAAAGAGGCAGUCCAGAUUCAACUCCGAAUGGUUGUCCCCAUGGGGAGUGUGGGCCCAGUGUUGCCCCAUUUUCCAAUUUUUCAAGCUGCUGAAAAUUGGAUUUUUUUAUGCAAGGUUUCUUGAUUUUUAACAUUUCUAAUAAAUUCUUAUAAAACAAAAACUUCUAGAUUUGGCACAUACAUUUUCUGUUUGCUGUAAAUAAAGGAUGUGUACCUCUU